AUGUUAAUCUUUACUGGAUAGAAAUUAAAAGACUUAUCUGAACAUACUCAAGAGUCUUAAUCAAAUAUUAAGCAUUUAGAUAUUUUGGUAAAACCUUUUUAUAACUUUAGAGUAAUCUAUUAAUUUUAGGAAAAGAUUUUCAUAUGUUUCCUAAUUUGGAGACUUUAAUUAUUGAUAAUAAUUAUUUUUUUUAGAUUAGAUGAUUUUCCUAUAUUACCUAAUUUGAUUACUUUUAGUGCAAAUAAAAAUUCAUUCAAUAAUUUUGAUAUGUAAUUUAAUAUUUUAUCUAAGGUUCAUAGAACAAUGCUAAGAAAUUUUCCUAAGUUAAAACAUCUCAGUUUAAUAAAAAAUCCCAUGUGUUCUAAGUUUACUUAAGGAGAAGAGGAAUAUAUUAAGUAUAUAAAAUCAUAAUUCAAUAGAUAUCGAAUUAAAUUCAUUUAAGAACUUCAGUUAUUAAAAAACUUAAAUGGUACACCUAUUAAUCUAGAAGAAGCAAAUCCUAAUUUUCGGAAACUAAAAUAAUAAAUUGAAUAAUAGUAAAUUGAUAAUGUAUUAAAUAUUUAUAAUUGUUUGUAGAAUAUUAAUGA